CAGCGGUGCGUGGUGCAACAUGUGUUGAAUAUUUUUUUUUUCUAGAAGCUUCGCAGUUCCUCCACUGUAGCUUCGUUGGACCUGCGUUUUGCUGUCUGCACUAGCCUGCAUACUCCGUGUGGAAACCAAAGGACAUCUGGAGAUACAUAUUUAAGAUAUUUGCGGUACAACGUUCCAGGGCCUCCGUUUCAACGCCAAACGCUGUUAUAUUAGAUUUGGUUGCCCUGUUAGCCAAGUUGUCAAAAUGUUGACUGCCGCAAGAUGCGUUUCAAGGACUCUCCCCACUAGGAACAUUUUAGGAAAUGUGUCCUCUAUAGUUAAAAAGGUGAGUUACAAACAUGCAUGUCUGACAGGCGGUUUUACACCAGAUACUCUCAGAGCUCUAUCCCGACGGGAAUAUGCGUCAGAGGCCAUCAAGGGCGCAGUAAUUGGAAUUGACCUGGGAACCACAAACUCAUGUGUUGCUGUCAUGGAGGGGAAGCAGGCCAAGGUGUUGGAGAAUGCAGAGGGAGCCAGAACGACUCCUUCUGUCGUGGCUUUCACAGCAGAGGGGGAGCGCCUGGUGGGCAUGCCCGCUAAACGCCAGUCAGUCACCAACCCUCAAAACACACUGUAUGCCACCAAGAGACUGAUUGGACGUCGCUACGAUGAUGCCGAGGUCCAGAAGGACCUAAAGAACGUUCCCUUCAAGAUUGUGCGUGCAUCGAACGGUGAUGCGUGGGUGGAGGUUCAUGGGAAAAUGUACUCCCCCAGCCAGGCUGGAGCCUUCGUCCUGAUCAAGAUGAAGGAGACUGCAGAGAACUACUUGGGAACAAAAGUGAAGAAUGCUGUGGUCACAGUACCAGCCUACUUUAACGACUCCCAGAGACAGGCCACCAAAGAUGCCGGUCAGAUCGCUGGUCUGAACGUCCUGCGUGUGAUCAAUGAGCCAACAGCCGCUGCUCUCGCUUACGGCCUGGACAAAACUCAGGAUAAAAUUAUUGCUGUGUAUGAUCUGGGUGGAGGUACGUUUGAUAUCUCAGUCCUGGAGAUCCAGAAGGGAGUUUUUGAGGUGAAAUCCACCAACGGCGACACUUUCUUGGGGGGAGAGGACUUUGACCAACAACUACUCCAACAUAUUGUCAAGGAGUUUAAGAAAGAGUCUGGGGUCGAUCUGAUGAAAGACAGCAUGGGGCUUCAGCGAGUCCGAGAGGCUGCUGAGAAGGCCAAGUGUGAACUGUCCUCUUCACUCCAGACUGACAUCAACCUUCCCUACCUCACAAUGGAUGCUUCUGGUCCCAAACAUCUCAACAUAAAGCUGACUCGCUCUCAGUUUGAAGGCAUUGUGGCGGAUUUGAUCCGACGCACUGUGGCUCCCUGUCAGAAGGCCAUGCAGGAUGCAGAGGUUUCCAAGGGAGAUAUCGGAGAGGUGCUGCUGGUCGGAGGCAUGAGCCGAAUGCCCAAGGUACAACAAACUGUUCAGGAUCUGUUCGGCCGCGCUCCCAGCAAGUCUGUCAAUCCCGAUGAGGCUGUUGCCAUAGGCGCAGCCAUCCAGGGUGGUGUUUUGGCCGGGGAUGUCACUGAUGUGCUGCUGUUAGAUGUGACACCGUUGUCUCUGGGUAUCGAGACUCUUGGUGGAGUCUUCACUAAACUCAUCAACAGGAACACCACAAUUCCCACCAAGAAGAGCCAGGUGUUCUCCACAGCAGCUGAUGGACAGACUCAGGUAGAGAUCAAGGUGUGUCAGGGAGAAAGAGAGAUGGCAGCAGACAACAAGGUACUGGGUCAGUUCACUCUGGUGGGAAUCCCGCCUGCUCCCCGUGGUGUUCCCCAGGUUGAGGUUACUUUUGACAUUGACGCCAAUGGCAUCGUCCACGUCUCCGCCAAGGACAAGGGGACAGGCCGAGAACAGCAGAUUGUGAUCCAGUCAUCAGGGGGACUCGGUAAAGAUGACAUUGAGAACAUGAUCAAAAAUGCCGAAAAGUACGCAGAGGAGGACAGGAGAAGAAAGGACCGAGUGGAGGCCGUUAACAUGGCUGAGGGCAUUGUCCAUGACACAGAAUCCAAGAUGGAGGAGUUCAAGGAACAGCUUCCAGCUGAUGAGUGCACCAAGCUGAAGGAGGAGAUUUCAAAGGUCCGGGAUCUUCUGGCCAACAAGGAUUCCGAAACAGGAGAGAACAUCAAACAGGCAGCCACCACACUGCAGCAGGCGUCCCUUAAACUCUUUGAAAUGGCCUACAAGAAGAUGGCGGCAGAGCGCGACGGAGGCGGCAGCAGCAGCGGCAGCAGCAGCAGCUCAGAGGGAGAGAAGAAAGAAGGCCAGCAGUAGACCUUUGCACUCGUCACUGGGUUUCCAUGACAUCUGAAGACGUACUGACUGGGUAGGAAUGGAGGGAGUCGUGAGCGACGAGCUGAAUCUUAGUCGUUCUCACCGUAAUAUAUUAUUCUACUGUGUUUUGGCAGUACAAUUCUUUAGUAAAAAGAUGUCCUACGUAUUCAUUGUGUCCUAUGCUCUCCUUUCAGUCAUUUAAUUGUCUCAAACAAUGUAAUGUCUUUCUUUUUACAAUGGUGUUCAUUACAUUCUGAAGUAAAGUAUUUUUUGUGUGCAACAUAUCAUGUAGGUUUCAUGUUCUUUGCUCAAUCAUCUGACACUUGUACACAGGACAGCCAUGCUUCUGCACAGCUUUUUGGUUUAAAUAGUGCAUUUACAACAACUUGGAAGUGCAAAGUUAAAUAUUUAAUGUCUGUCAAGAUGAGGUCAAACUUUUGUUUUUUGUUGAUUUAAUGAAAAAUCUUAGAUCUCUGUUAAAAAAAUCCAUCUUAAGUUUCUCUGCAUUCCUUUUAAAACAUUCAUCUUGAAUAUCUGACUUUUGGACUCAACAUUUAUGAAUACAUCAGACUCCAGUUAAUAUGUGAAUGUUGCAUUGCACAAUGUCGAACAAGAGCUUCUGAUUUGAGAAGGUUAACUGGAGGAAAAGGUGGAUGAUCUUGUAUGGUCAUCAUAGUGCAGUUGUGUCAUUCCCCUCUAGUAUGAUGUAUUGAUUUUGCCAUUAACCACUGAGUAAUGGGAUUCUGACAACUUGACUGGCUGAGUAAUACAUGACGUAUAAAAAUAAGUAAUCAGGCAAUAACCAAUUGAAACGUAUUUUUAUUUUACUGAAUUGAAAAUAAAUGGUCAUGAUAACUGUUGCCUUUUUGACUAAAAAUCUUAAAUGUCACACCGAUGGGAAAGUAUUUGGUAGAAUCAGAGCGUGCUAGUUUUAGUCUAAAGGUAUAUACUAUGAAGUUCUCCUCGGCUAUGCAUUUGUUACUAGAUAUCUAGGCCCAUGUGAGUUAAGGGAUGAAUCCCACUAGCAUAGGUAAGGCUAUCUAUGGCCUGUGUGCAAAUAAUCUAUUGAAGUCCAUCAAGAUGAAUUAAAUGUUUCAAGGCUUUGUAUACUAGAAAUGUAAUUUUCACAAUAAUGCCAGCCAGCCUAACCUACCAUUCUUACUACUGUGACACACAUUUUACUGUACAGAUUUCUGUAUGUUUGUCAUGUAUAUUAUGGCUAUUGAGUUUGCAAAUUUGAUGCAAUUAUUUUUAUGUGACGGAAUGAUUUGAGCCCAUACUACAUUGAUGAAUUUGGGGGAUGAAUUUAUGAUGGGUCUUCUGAAAAUGUGACCAAAACUGAGGGUCCAAAAUAUACAUGCAGCAAUGCUACUAUUUGCAUACAUUUCCCAUUUUCACCUCAAUUGCUACCUUUUGGUAGCCACCCACAAGCUUCUGGUUAAAUCUUUAAAAAAAAAAAUCUUUCCAAACCACUUGAUGGUGUUUAAGUCGGCACUUUGGGAAGGCUAAAACAUUUAUUCUAUCCUAAAUUCAAACAUUUCUUUUGUCCCCUCAAUGCUAAUUGAUGUGUGUUUGGGGGUCGUUGUCCUGUUGUAACACCCAACUGCGUUAAAGACCCAACCUUCUUCCUUUCAGCUAGAGACCCCAUCUAAAUGUUAAAUUGUUGACAAAAGUCUAAACUAUGGAAGUAAAUCAUUGGGGGUUGAAAUAAUAAGGUGAUUGAAUUUCUA